AUGCAUCAUCACCUGCGACGACAUUCUCAAUCAGUAGCACUGUCAACGUCGCUUGCAAACGCUCUUACUACUCCACACACUCGCACACGAUCACAUUCUACAUCCACAUGCACAGCUAACAGCAUUGCCACGCAACUCUUUGCCUCGGUCAACUCGAAGAUCAAGGAGAUUGAGGAUGCUGACUCGACUGGUUUCUUGCGAUACAUGGAUGAUCAGGUGCAUGAGACCUGGGACAGUGCCAAGGCAGCUGUUGUAGGUGCACAGCGUUUACUGCAAUUUCAUGAGCUUCCCAAAGAGUGGCAGGAAAACGAAUAUGUCUUGUCAGGAUACCGCUUCUGCAAAGGCACUCGUGGUUGCUUGAUGUCUAUCUUUAAGAUCCACAACGAGACAAUGAACAUUUGGAGCCAUCUACUCGGCUUUGUAUUUUUUGCUAUUCUCACAUGUCUCACCUUUGUUUCAUUCAAUCGCCAUUUUCCUGAAGCCACGCUCCAUGAUCGCAUUGUGUUCAUGACCUUUUGCUUGGCAGCCCUUAAAUGUUUAUUUUGUUCAUCCGUCUAUCAUACAUUUAUCUGUCAUUCGCGCCAUACUAUCAAGUCUUUCACCGCCACCUUGGAUUACAUUGGCAUCGCUAUCCUCAUUACGGCAUCUGUACUCGUCACUGAAUACUAUGGCUUUUACUGUCACCCGGUACCAAAGAUGCGCUACAUGAUCUUCACCACGGUGGUUGGUAGUGCUGGUGUCAUUAUGCCCUUCUUCAAGCUGUGGGAUACCAAGGAAUAUCGCAUGUUGCGUAUCACUGUGUUCUUGUCAAUGGCGUUUUCCAGCGUUGUACCUGUGCUCCACCUCAUUACCAAAAAUGGAUUCUUUUCAACAAUGUCCUUUUUCCAAGAAGCUGCCAUUAGUGUUGCCAUGUAUCUCUUGGGUGUUGUUGUCUACAUCAACCGGUUUCCGGAAAAGUUCUAUCCUGGCCGAUUCGAUUUUGCAGGCAUGACAAGCCAUGCCAUCUGGCACAUUUUCGUGUGUCUUGGUAUCUAUUUUCACUACUUAGCAUCAAUGCACUUUUUCGAUCAACGGUAUUCUUACGGGUGCAGUGGAUGCAUGAUUGCACAAGCAUAA